GGGAGGGCGGCAGUGUGACAGGGAGACAGAAGGUGACCAGCGUGGCGGUGAUGUUUUACGUCUCUGUACAACUGUUGCUGCCCUUCUCCCACUCCAUCACCAAGGGUUAUAAUACCUGGACCGACGGACCUUAUGGGUACAGCUGGGACAUGAUGGUCCACUCGUGGGACACCCUGCACGUCAAGGUCACCGUCGUCAGGAGUGGCACAGGAGAAAAGCUCUACCUCGACCCUAAUGUGUGGGUGAGAAACACUAGGUGGACGGGACACGUCGACCUGGCAGUACAGUACGGCGAGUGUGUGAAGCAGAGGCUAAAAUCCAAGGGUCUUAACAUUUCUGCUCUUUAUCUGGACGUCUGGAAGUCUCUCAAUGGCAGGUUCCAGCAGCGAGUCUUCCAGCCUAAUGUAAACAUCCUGGAAGCUCCUUGGUCACCUUGGAAACAGGUAUGGUAACGCUGGUUUACCUGUUACUGAAGCUGUUUAUGGCAACUCCACUUAGGUGGAUUACGUAAAAACUAGUGUUUAACUCUGAGAAGCUCCUCAAGA